AUGAAUGACACUACACAACACAUCAACCUCCAGCUUGGAGUGUUGGAAAAGAGUCUCGCCCAGCAAGCUCUUGUAUAUGGACCAGAUCCAGGCCAUCCAUCUCUCCGACAAGCUACGGCGAAGUGGCUGAAUGAAUUGUACGGUCUGGAUACGGAAUGCUGCUUACCAGAGUACUUAUUCAUAACCAACGGCGCAUCAGCAGGCUUGAGCUAUCUACUUUCUCGCUUUACUGAGCCUUCCGUCACUCAGAUGAUUUGGAUGGUGGAGCCGACCUACUUUUUGGCUUGCCCUGUCUUUCAACAAGCUGGUUUUCAUGAUCGCCUUCGAGGAGUGCCCGAGGAUGAGCAGGGGAUCGACAUCGAGUUUCUAAGGGAACAGAUCGCCGGUGUUGACGCACAGACACCAAAAGGCUCCCCUUCAUCAGAUGGCCAAAAAAAAACGCUGCGGAAGGUCUACCGACACAUCAUUUAUGCUGUUCCGACUUUCAGUAACCCGACCGGUGGAACUAUGUCGUUGACUCGCCGGACUCAAUUGGUCAAGUUGGCACGGGAAGUGGAUGCUCUGAUAAUCGCCGACGACGUCUACGACUCUCUGCGGUGGCCAAAUGCCUCUGCGAGUGCCGGCAAAAAACUUCCUCCACCACCCCUGAGACUUGUCGACAUCGAUCGUCGUCUACCGGGUCAGCUUCCCUGGGGUAAUGCCGUCAGUAAUGGCUCCUUCUCUAAGAUUAUAGCCCCCGGUAUCAGAGUUGGAUGGAUCGAAGGUUCAGAGAAUACAGCAAGGGACUUAUGCAAGCUGGGUGCGGUUGUCUCAGGCGGGUGCCAGGGACACUUCUCGUCCAUGAUUGUGUCAGAAAUGCUGCAAUCGGGACUGCUGCAGGAAUAUAUCAAGGAUACCUUGAUCCCUACCUAUCAAAGGCGUUCUGAGUCUAUGCUGGAGUCGAUCAAAACACAUCUAUCCCCUUUAGGCAUACGCGUCUCGUCAGCCAGUCAGGACUUAGUGCCUAAUAACAGCGAGAGAGCUGUUGGGGGGUUCUUCGUUUAUCUCAAGCUACCAGGUGAUGCUAAGUUAGCUGUGGACUUGGCCAUAUUGGCGCUAGAGAAAUACAACCUUAGAGUUGCAACGGGAAGUAUGAUGGCUGUAACUGGAGAUGCUGGAAGCUCUUCGAGGGCGGAAGUUAGUUUUGGCAAUGGGUUGCGACUGUGUUGGGCCUGGCAUGAGGAGAGCGAGAUCGACGCGGGAAUUCGCCGCUUGGCAGCUGCUUACACGGAGCUCCAAAGGGGUUGA